CCGAAAAGGCUGGCUGAGGCAAGUGUGUGUGCGCACGUAUAUACCUGAAGCCACUGUACUCUAUGCUUUCAGUUUAGUUUGGAGGGUGUCCUCCUGCCGCCAAGUCAUGACCCGUCGUACUUUUAACCAGUUAACUUCGAUCAUGCCUAGAAUUUCGCGAAAUGUUGUUAUUCUAUUCGGCAUCGGCCUUUCGAUUUUGACAGUGUGGGCAGACAUCAACGGACAGCCCGAUUUGAAUCGAACACAAGUGACAUUAGAUGCGCAACCGCUUAAAGACAACGCUACCGAAGUACCAGUCACCUGCGAGUGUCAAUUCUUCGUCCAAUCGUGGAAAACAUCUCACAUGAUCCGGUUACCUAUGAGUAUGCAACCUGUCCGAGUCAACUCGAGUUUCCAGUCAUCGAACAAGGAUUCGUGUGUACUUCUUUGUCGAAACCAGCUGCCUCCUCCACCCGAAAACGAGAAUGAAUCCAACUGGACACGAAUUUUCAAAGGCGCUUGCCAGACGUUGAUCGCAAAUGAAUUCACUACCCGUCAAUCUGAACAGUCGAGUACCGGAAAUGACAUUGAGCCUAUCCGUGGUUGCUUGCAAGCAUAUGCUCGAUCAGCCCACACACGAACCUGGGUGCCGAUGGGCCUUGAAUACCGCAAACUUCUUUCUUGUACUCGUCCGCGCCGUCGACGGAGCUUGCCGGAGGGACGAAAAUUGUCGAACGUUCAAAGUUCGCUGAACAGCGUCGACGCCCAAAGCGCCGUGAUAGCUACGUCAUCCGGAAUAACUGUCCGCCCGCCGGAGGAUUCACAGAAGAAGCCAGCAAGUCAAGAGACGAACACUUCGCCAUUGAGGAUGGUUUUGAAACGGUUUGGACUUUUCGGUCCGGUCAUCGAGAGCUUGGUUGACAUGUUCGAUGGUGGGGCAUGGCGUGAAUUGCUCAACAAUUUCCAGUUGGGUUCUUACGUCGAUCGUUAUCAACGCCUUGCCGUCGACUAUGCCGAGGAAAUGGAUGCUGGCCACUGUUUCUUCGAAUACUUGACCUACAACAUUUUCAAUCACCGUUUCGCACAGAGAACUUCGUGGCCCGGUAGCCGCGGGCUUGAGGAUGACGCUGUCGGAUUCGUGACGAACGCGGUCACCAAUUUCCUCAAGAGCGAAAAUGCCUCGGAAGUAAUUAGUUCGCUGUUUUCCAUGAUCCCCCGACCUGCGAUACGCGAUGAAGUAUCGAACACGUUAAACCAGCAAUCCGCACCGGAUGUACAAGAAGUGGCCAUGUCCAUCGCGCGCUUUUACCUGCGCAACUAUUUCAGUACUCUGUCCGGUAGCAAAGUUCGAGUGGACGAACAAGAUCCUACCAACAAUCCCGAUAGUUUGGCCGACAUGAUCGAACAGGUCAGCCGACCAGUUUUCCUUUCUAUCUUUGGUGUUGUACCAGGUGUUCCAGCAUCAGGGAAACUGGAUCAUCUCCUCUUGAUGAGCUCUAAACCAGAGGUGUCUGAGAUCGGAUUGAAGCCACCGGAAUUUAGAAACAAACUCGUCCCGGAACCUGUUCGUACUUCCAGUAGCUUAUUGCCUCCAUUAACACUCACCACUGGAAAUUCGUUUUUCGAUUUCGGGAAUAAUAUUGUGUCGACGUUCCAGCGAGCCUCUGACGCAACUCACGGCCUCUAUUGUGUCAAGCAAUACACCGUUAACAAGAUGUGGGACUUCUUUCGCGGAUCGAUGCGUAGAAUGAUGAGAGCUAUUCCUAAUGUUGGAUAAUAUUCCUUGCCAAUCUUUUGGUUUUUAAGUUAUUUCGAUUGUCUAUUACUGUAUUGUUUUAUUUAUGCAUCUGUUCCUUAUAUUUAUGUCUAAUACAACGUGUCGCGAUUA